AUGCCUUCACAACAAACCUUCCAGCGCCAUGAGAUCCAAUCGGCUCGUAAUGCUGUAGCUGAAACCAUACUUGACAGACACAGUACUCGUGCAUUUUGCACUGGUCAAGAAGUUCCGAUGUCUGUUGUUGAAGAUUGCUUCAGUGUCGCCCAGCACGCUCCAUCUUCUACAAACAUCCAGCCUUGGAGAGUUACUGUCGCAUCUGGUGAACGACUGAAGCGACUGUCAGCUGCAUUAGUUGCUGCAUUUGAGAAUAAGGAAGAGCUCAAACUUGAUGCUAUUCCCGAGACAUUCAACCACUACCGCUCAGAACUGGGCCACCAUGUCUACGGACCAAAUGGAUACAACAUUGCUCGCGGAGAUACAGAGGCGAUGACCAAAACUCUCAUUGACAACUUUAAUUUCUACAACGCGCCAGUAGUGGCUGUCAUUUCUAUCGACAAAGCCCUGAACAAAGGGGAUGUUCUGUCAGUGGGUAUCUAUCUGCAGACACUUCUUUUACUGUUGACGGAGAAGGGAUUGGGCACGCAAGUGUCUGCUGCGCCAACUGGAUACCCGGACAUCAUCAAGAGAGAGCUGGGUAUUGAUGAGAACUUGGAUCUUCUUUGCACGGUUGGGAUUGGAUUUGAGAAUAAGUCACAGCAUAUUAAUUCGCUGAAGAUGCCGAGGGAUGACUGGAAACAGAGUGUCAGAUUUGUGAUGGAAUAG